ACUGCGGAGAUUCGCCCCGAAAGCAGCGCCCCAGGUGCGCGCCCGCAGCGGGCGGGCGCCGGCGCCAUGGCGGCAGGCGGGCAGCCGGCCCGGAGCGCUGCCGGCGGCCCCUGCCCGCACACGGAGGCCGCGGUGACGCCUCCCCACCCCGAGGCCGCGGCGGGGGACGCGGAGCGCGCUGCCGGCCGGGACAGCGCCGAAGGAAGAAGAGGACUGGGUGACUUCGUGUCUGCGCUUCCUCCCGAGAUCAGCUCCCGGAUUUUCAGCGGGCUGGAUGUGGAUAGCUUGUGUCACGCGUCCGUGACGUGCAAGGGCUGGCACCGCGUCAUCGAGAGCAACGAGCGGCUGUGGCGGCACCACUGCCUGGCCGUGCGCGCCGUCUGCCAGCGGGAGAUCGACUGCGACCGAGGGAACGGGUAUUCCUGGAAGAUUACAUUGUUGAGAAACUACUGGAAAAGCAAAGUGAAGCAAGAAUGGCUUAGUGGGAAAUACAGCAACAUUCCUUCACAAUUCAGCUUGCCAGAGAAAAGCAUGUAUCCAAUGGACGUUGACACGUGGGGAGAAAUCUUGGAAGCAGAACUUGAGAGAUGAGAAAAGAAGUGCUGAUUUCUUGCAACUCAAACAACUUUUGCCAAUAGCACACACACUGUUUGGCAGUUGUGAAAAUGACUGAAUUAUUUUGGACUGAUUAUAAAUUUAUGAUGAAAGCUCAAAAAAAGAAGUUAAUGUGUGUCUUUUUUAUUUUGCAGUUUACUGUAUUAAUUUUAUGUAAAAUUCUAAAGACAACUAACUCUCCAGUUGUGUUUUAUAUUUAUAAAUCUAAUUGCACUGUCAAAAAUAUGCUGAUUAUAAUUUCAGUUUGCACUUUUUGUUUUGGAAGAGAUGAUUUUUAUAUUAAAAAAAAAAAGC